UUUGUUGUUGUUGUCAUUGUUGCUAUUUGAUUUUUUUUUUAAUGUUAAGAAAAAUCCAUGAAAAGGCAUUUAUUUAAGUCAUGGAGCGUUGUAAAUCAAUGCUAACACUACAAAAAAUAUUAUAACUAAUGAUAUUAAAUAAUUUUAAUUAGAGACUAGCUAUUUAGCCACAUGUGCCUAUUCUGGUUUUAAAUUAUUUUUUGAAAUUUCAAUUGACUCAAGAAAUUUGUUUUAAUUAUUUCCCCAAAAUAACCUCUCAUUAAUGGAAGGCUCAAGCAGGUAUAUAGAUUUACUAUUUUUAAGGUUUACUAUAUUAUUUACAAACACUCUUAAAAUGUAGAAUAUAUCUAGCUGGACAGAAAUAUUAUUUUCCGAUCUUCUUUUCCUUCUGUGCUUUUUGUUGAACAUUGCAUGUAUUUGUCAUAAAAUUGCCAUUGAGAUUAACAAGCAACAAGCUUUCAAUUACCAAUGUAAUUUAGAUUAUUAAAGAGAUCAGAAGUUUAUUUUUUCAUCAAAUUCCAGUUAUUAAAGAGCCUUUUCAUUUAGAAAUCCAUGAUCCAUUUUCAAAUUUCAAAAUAAUUUAGGUAAUUAUUUUUAAAAUAUUUUAGAUAAUCUGACUGUAUAUAUGUAUAUAUAUUGAUUCAAUAUCUACAUAGCAGAAAAUUCCUAUAAACGUUGAGUACUCUGAAACUACUUGUUAACACUGAAAUCAGAUAAGGUAAACCAUAUGCUUUGUUGAGGUAGCCUGUCUAAAAUAAGUUACUGCGAUUUUAAGAAUUAAUAUGAACCACAUGUCCUUUAGAUCUUUAAAUUGAAAUCUUCAUUGUUCUUUUAAGUCAGCUGUUCUAGGAAUGUGUCAUCUUUUGAGAAGAUAAAUCAAUCAUCCACCUCAUAUAAGUCAAUAAAAGAGACUCUCAUCUACUUCAUCAAAAGUAAUUAGAAUAUCUCUAUUUUUAUCCAUAUAUAGUAUCUACUGGUGUUUAACAUUUUCAUUGAGGAGAUUUUGAGGGAAACAGCCACUUAGCCUUUUAGAAAACAGCCUCCUCUAAGAAAAGGAAACACAGCAAUCUAAAGGUUAAAACAUACUGUCAAAUCAUUCAGUUGAACAAGGCUCUUUAAUAACAUUUGUUAAAGUACUUUCAGAAAGCAGAAGGUAGGAAACAGCUCUUUGCUAGUUCCCCUUCCUUAAAUUAUUAUUCAGCCUCUUAUUAAAAUAAAAUCUAGUGAACUUCUUUUGAAUUCCUGCUUGAAUGCUUUCUAUAAUAAAAAAAAAUCUUGUGAAGGGAUUUCCAUAAGUUGUGCUGCAUUAAUGACUUAGAGCAGCUUCCUAAUCUGUUAUUCCUUCCUCCUAGCAGACCUCAGCUGAUAAAAAUAUCCAUAGACACAGUGAAGUCAGUGGCAUGCCUGGCUUUCUCAGACAAAACUCCCAUGUGAUCACAUAUAGGCAGCCUCAGUGAGGCUGAUGCCGUGCAGCAAGCAGUAGGUAAUGAGUCUUUGUGCAGAGUGAAGCUCUUGUCGCUGAACAAUAAAGCAUACGGUACCAGCAAUAAAACACAGGGCUGGCAAAUUUCAGAAGAUUCCACUGAACCAGGAAGAACAGUGCCUUCGGUGAUGCUGACACACAUUAUAAAAUGAUAAUCAGUUUAUUUUGGAUUCUAAUGAAUAAAGAGUGCAAGGACUAAGGCUACAGCUAUUUGAACAGCUGCUGGAGGGCUGCCUGAGCCUUAUGCAAAUGAGACCAGCUCCGAGGCUUUGACUGCAGAAACGAGAGAAGGGGGGCAGAAGGGAGUUCAAAGGUCACAGGGCUGGUGGAAAGCUGGAUCGGUUGCCCGGAAAAAAUGCACUGGGCUCCUCUGCAGCAGUGUUUUGCAGCAGUUACAUGGAGUGUGCUUUAUUUGUCAGAGUGAAGAUCUUACAGCGUGUGUGCGGUAGUCGUUUAAAGUGCACGCAGGUACAUGUGACAGCGCUGCAGCAAUGAGUGGAAUUUUAAAGAGGAAGUUUGAAGAAGUUGACGGCUCCUCACCCUGCUCUUCUGUGAGGGAAUCAGAUGAUGAAGUUUCCAGCAGUGAAAGUGCUGACAGCGGGGACAGUGUCAAUCCAUCCACUUCCAAUCAUUUUCCCCCUUCCUCCAUCCUCAAAAGGGAGAAGCGGCUGAGGACCAAGAAUGUGCAUUUCAGUUGUGUCACCGUGUACUACUUCACCAGGAGGCAGGGCUUCACGAGCGUGCCCAGUCAGGGCGGCAGCACCCUGGGCAUGUCCAGCCGCCACAAUAGCGUGCGCCAGUACACCCUGGGCGAAUUUGCAAGAGAGCAGGAGAGGCUCCACCGCGAGAUGCUGAGAGAACACCUCAGGGAGGAAAAGCUGAAUUCUUUAAAACUAAAGAUGACUAAGAAUGGCACUGUGGAAUCUGAAGAAGCUAGCACUCUUACAGUGGAUGACAUUUCUGAUGAUGAUAUUGAUUUAGACAACACAGAGGUGGACGAAUACUUCUUUCUCCAACCCUUACCCACAAAAAAAAGGAGAGCACUGCUGCGGGCCUCUGGAGUGAAAAAGAUUGAUGUGGAAGAAAAGCAUGAGCUGCGAGCCAUCCGCCUAUCUCGAGAGGACUGUGGCUGUGACUGCCGGGUGUUCUGUGAUCCAGAAACAUGUACCUGCAGCCUGGCAGGCAUUAAGUGUCAGGUGGAUCGAAUGUCUUUCCCAUGUGGCUGCACUAAAGAAGGAUGUAGUAACACAGCAGGUAGAAUUGAGUUUAAUCCUAUCCGUGUCCGAACUCACUUUUUGCACACAAUAAUGAAACUUGAACUGGAGAAAAACCGAGAGCAGCAAAUCCCCACACUGAACGGCUGCCAUGGGGAGAUAAGUGCCCACAGUAGUUCCAUGGGCUCUGUUGCUCACUCUGUUGAAUAUUCUAUCACAGACAAUUUCGAGAUUGAAACUGAGCCCCAGGCUGCAGUGCUGCAUCUGCAGUCAGCUGAGGAAUUAGAUUGCCAAGGAGAAGAGGAGGAGGAGGAAGAAGAGGAAGAUGGCAGCAGCUUCUGCAGCGGAGUCACUGAUUCCAGCACGCAGAGCUUGGCCCCUAGCGAGUCAGAGGAAGAGGAGGAGGAGGAAGAGGAGGAGGAAGAGGAGGAGGAGGAGGAGGAUGAGAAAGGGGACAAUUUCGUGGAAGGUUUGGGUCCUCAUGCUGAAGUGGUCCCUCUUCCUUCCGUCCUUUGUUAUUCUGAUGGCACCGCUGUUCACGAAAGCCACACGAAGAAUGCUUCCUUUUAUGCCAACUCUUCCACCCUGUAUUACCAAAUAGACAGCCACAUUCCAGGAACUCCUAACCAGAUCUCUGAUAACUAUUCAGAAAGAGAUACUGUCAAGAGCGGUACCCUCUCGCUGGUGCCUUACACCAUGACCCCAGAGCAAUUCGUUGACUAUGCCCGCCAAGCAGAAGAGGCCUACAGCACCUCCCACUACCCAGCUGCCAACCCCUCUGUCAUCGUUUGCUGCCCCUCUUCCGAAAAUGACAGCAGUGUGGCCUGCAAUAGCUUGUAUCCCGAACACAGGUCCAAUCAUCCUCAAGUGGAAUUUCACUCAUACUUGAAAGGCCCCUCCCAGGAAGGGUUUGUCUCUACAUUGAAUGGUGACAGUCACAUUUCAGAGCAUCCUGCUGAAAAUUCUUUGAGCCUUGCAGAAAAGAACAGAUUGCACGAGGAGUGCAUCAAAUCACCCGUGGUUGAAACUGUCCCUGUUUAGUAGCUUAAGUUAUUCUAGGACCAACUCUUCUCCUAUUGAAAGCACUGUAUUUAAUUGGAUUUCCUGGGCUCAUUGUGGUUUUAACUGAGGACCAAGAAAACUUGGACGGUGGCGAAUCUUCCAGACUGUAUUUUGUUUUCUCCUUUCUAGCUUUGUGACUGUGCCAUUGCACAGAUACAGUCUCAAUGAGGAUUUUAAAUGAUUUCAGACUGUUUUGAUAGAAAAUGCUAAUUUUAAAAAAGCAUAUCUCACAGUUACCUACCUGUCAAACUGUGUGAAGCCUGCCAAACUGUGUAGAUCAGAGCUCCAAGUUUUUGGAUUAUCGGGCCUGUGCAAGAUUGUUAACUGACUGGGAAAUAGUAAGAUUUAGAGUCCUAAUUUUCGAUACACCUGAAGAUGAUGGUGACUUUUUAAUGUAAAAGUAAUUAUUGUAAGAAAAAGAUUUAAUCGUCCCAUGUGUAUUUUAUUUAUGGUAGUUAGAAGUCAUGUUUUGAUGAAAACGAACAGCAGCAUGUUCUUUUAAGCUGAAGACACAUAGUUAGUACCACCGAGCAUGCCCACAUGGAUUGCCUCUGGAAUCCAUUCACGUUUUUAUGAUCAUGUCUGAUCAGAUUUGCAAAUACUUUCUUAAGGGUGAAAUAGGCCUAUUUUUGCUAUUUUGGACAAAUAUAUGAGUCUAUAUGUACAGGUCCUUACAGUUUUCUCUAAAGUGAAGAGUUAGGACAAUCCUCUGGUGAGGGUCUAGUUCAUUGCCCUCCCUCAGUUGACUCCGGAGAUGGAGGUAGAAGGAAUUGCCUUUCUUUUUUAAACAGCAUCAUCUUGAUUCUUAGCUUGGACAGCACCUUCAAACUCUACUCCCCUACAUCAAAAUGCACUUUAGUGCCCCUUCAUGGUACCUUGUGAGGGGUGGGGACUGAGAACUCUUUGAGAUGAAAAAUUAAAAAAAAAUUUUUUUUAAUCUGUAACUAUUAUAAGGUUCAUAUAAUUAAAUAGAGGAAUCAUCCAAUGAUAAUUUUUGAAGGAAAAAUGACCUGUUUUCCUUUGCCACUCUGAAGACCUAACUCGGUAAAAGCAGAGAAGGCUGAGGAAACAUGGAAGAGACACAGCCUCUGCAACCAGCCUUUUGUACAGCGUGAUCAAUCCAUCUCUACAAAAUGAGUGUAUAAUGAAAUUUCCAUUUAGUGACUAGCCGAUUGAAGGGGGGGCCUCUACCCAAAUAUUCAACUAGGCCUUACUUUUCUGAAGCAUUUUGAUUUCUCUUGCCUGGGACAAUUUUGUCAGAACAGUCCAGAAUGCAUUGAAUACUUUCUAAUUACCUCAUGUUCUCUUAUUAAAGGGGACAGAUAGAAAUAAAACAUGCACUCCCCACCUUUAGGUUAUCUGCACUUGGUUCGUAGGAGGACUUUUAAGAUCCUGUUUUCCUGUAAAUUAAUUUAGGUAACUAAAUAGUGUUUCACCUUUUUUUUUUUUUAAUGCAGUAUGACUAUGCUAAAUCUGUUUCAUAUUUUUUACCUUCUAUUGUUAUGUACUUUUACAUUAUAUGCCUCUUUGAAAUGUGGACAUGCCUUGCUAUUCAGUGACUGCAUAGCUACUUAUUUUUUAUGUCUUUUAGACUUGGAUGUUUAGAAAUAUGGGUAUGAAUAUAUUGUAGAUCUCAAGUCCCUAAAAAAUACUAUUUUAUUUCAUUGAAUUUAAAAAUGUUUGAUCUAGAGAAAGUCCUCCAAUGGAAAAGUUUCUACUAAAACUUGAUUUGGGGAAAACAUGUUUACUUGGCAGCUCUUCCACUGUGCAGCUGGUUCCUGCCCCCAUUCUUCCCCACCACUGGGCCAGACUUAGAACCAUUGGUAUUAACAUUGAAGCAGCUUUGGGUUGAUCCUUAGGGAGGUAGCAGUGAUGAGGGCAGGGAUGUUCUUUUUGAAUGACAAGCGCUUUGGGCUAAUCGGAUUGGGGGUUUGUUCAAAUCUCAAUAGUGUAUCCCAUGUUGUCUACUAAGUUACAGAUUUUAGUGCUUGAUCUCCAAAAUUUCCCCCCUAUUGAUACACUCUAAAGGGAGCACAGGCCCAAAGAGAAGAUGACAGGAGGCUAUUGUUCCUUCAUUGGAGCAUUUGAAAGAAUCAUGUGUGCCAUAUGGACUGGACCAUUACAAGCCUUUGAAGCAUUUAUGAGUGAAGUACUCAGCUUAUUCUGGGAACUUAGUGUGGCAGAGUUGGGCAGAGGUGACUCUGGCUCAGUUGAAAGGUGGAAAGAUGGUCCAGAUUCUGAAAGAUCUUUAAUUCAUUUCAGCUUUAUUUUCACAAGAAAGUUGAUGCCUACUUGCUUAUGUUUGGCUGGGUCUCUGUUUUGUAGCUUCAUUUCCAAAAAGAUGCUUAACCUAGAAACAGGCAAACAAACAACAACAACAACAAAACCCCAGAGCAUUUUUUACCUUCUUCUGUCCAUUUGGGGUCAAAAAAUCACUGCUACACAGAAGGAUUAGCCUCCAGCCACAACAGCUUAUAUUCCAAAUGUUAUAUACAGAACCUAACCCGUAAACAUCUCCCACAAACUACAUAUACAGAUUACGUAUUAAAACAAACAUAUAUCACAUGCACACACACACAUGCAAUAGAUGUAUACCACAGAGAAUGACAGAUUUUAGGCAGUAGCCAAUAAUGAGUACUGAAUUUUUCCCACCCUAGAAUCUAGUUGGGUUUUAUGAUCUAAAAAUGUGGUCUAGAAAUGAAGAUAAUUUUUUAAAGCUAUAGUUUAAAAAUAUUGGAUCAAGGUUGCAAUACUAUGAUGGAAUCACUUCAUUGUUACUUCCUUUCCCAGAAAAGCUGAGAGAGCACAGUGUGUCAUUUGACUUUGUUUCCAUUAAUAGACCUUCUAUUCAACAAAAAUGCCCACAUACCAGGAAGGCGCUACAGCUUUUUCUAAGCUUUUUAAAAUGGGGAUCAAGCUAGAUGCAGCCAGUGGAUACUUAAGAUCUUUAUACCAAGACACAAUAACCUGACCUGCAGCUGUUAUAUUGCUCCCACAGUAUAGCUAACCAAAUUAUAGGCUUUUUUUUUUUUUUUUUUUUUUUUUUUUGACACACAGCUUUUUCGUCCUUUACUGUCAAUGGCAAAGCCUCAUGCUUUGGUCCCUGUUGUUUUAGCACCAGCCCUCUACCUUUUAUUAGAGCUUAAUUCCCAGUUAUAAUCCAGGCCAAAUUGAUUUGCAAGUCAAGUGGAUAGAGAAGCUUGCAUUUCCUUUGUCAUUCUAGGUUUCCUUUGGGAGAAAGGAGUCAAUAAAAGUGAUUUACUUAAGUUUUUUUCUCAUCUAUGGAUCACUGAUUAUUAAGACAUAAGUAAAAUUCAUCUCCUGUCUUUUGGUUAACUGAAUAAUAUGGUUACUUUUUGAAAGCCAGUCUUUUCUUUGUGGCGAAACUAUAUUUUUCCCAGAGUGCCAAUCACAUAUAAAAUGUGAAAUUGAUACUUAUUAAUUAAUUUUAUUAUUAGAAUCUUCACAAUCAUAUAUGACCAAGGAUAUGAAUUACAGAAACACUGGUCACAAAUUAAUCAAGAAACAAAGAGAUUGCAAGUGAUUUUUUUUUUAAUUUCGUACUCUAACAGAUUACUUCUAGGCAAAAUUCUAGUUUUGUUAUCAUUAAACAGGAAAAUAUAUGAUUUAUUUCCUAUAAAUUUAUAUAUCACUGAUUCUUUGGUUAAACUUCUGAGAUUGUUGUACAAGUUAAAAUCUUUUGGUCUUAUUAUUUAGAAUUUAUUAAGUGUCAAUUCUUUCUUUUAACAAAUAUUUAUUGAACACCUACUAUGUUAGAGAAAUUUUCUGGGUGGUUAAAAAGAGGGGAAAGAAUAUUACAAAUUCUAAGGGAUUAUGAUAGUGAUGAAGAGUGGCAUGAAAUAAUCAAGCGUCAUUAUAAUCCUUUCAAUUUGUGAUUUUUUUAAAGUGAUAUUGGAAAAAGUGACAUCAGUUCUUGUCUACAUGGAAUCUGCAACUUACAGGAUGCUUUUUUUUUGCCUAAAUUAAUGGAACUCAGCGGGUCCUCCUUCUUCCCUCCCUCCCUAUCUGAAAUUUGUGAAUUAAAUCUGGGCUCAACUAGAAGGACUAAAUCCAAUGAAAGAGAGAUUUUCAGAUAAUUGCUUCUUCAGGGUUAGACCUAUGUAAGUGAUGCUAAAUUUAUACCAGCAAACUCCUACCAGUUUCAAAGGCAGUUGACUCACCCAUAACCCAGGAAACCUUUGAAGUAACAAUGUGGAACACAAUCACUCUUACUUCUAUUUAUAAACAGCCUAUCAAAAUAGCAAAGCCCAAAUUCCUGGCUCCAAAGGCAUUGCCUUGCAGCUUGUGGAAAACCGAGAGGUCAUUCAGAGCCCUCACUUUUAGCUGGGAUUACAAACCAUUAAAUUAGCAGGUGGAAAAUUGACAUCCUCAAAAAUCGAGGGACUGCCUUUUUAAAAAGUACCACAAGCUUUCCAUUUCUCCAUAUAUCACUUAAUCUUUCUCUUUAAAAUGGCAUCUGCUCCGUUGUCUCAAAGACAUUUAGAGUAUCAUCAUAGUCAGUAUAUAAAAUACCAACCUUAAAUGGGAAGUACCUUCCUGCCUUCAAAGGCAAGACUUAAUAAUUCGAUUCUGCAAAUGUCUGUGUGUCCUUACCACAACCAACACCAAAAGCUUGAAGCCUUAAUCACUUUUAGUUCUAACACAAAUUUAUAACUACUGACUACAUUAUUUCUGGGAUCUGCUAACUUGUUCUUGAUAAUUUAAAUGCCUAAGCCACAGCUUUACACAAAUAGCACAGCUCGUCAGAUGUUUCUAUGACAUAAAGAAUUUGACUCAAUUUAACUGAAUAUCCAGCAAUUUGAAAACUCACUAGAAUUAUACAAGUGUCAGGGUGAGGUAAGGAUGGAAUAUAAGCUUAAAUGAUGGUGUCUCCUAGGAAGCAUAAAGGCUCAGCAGAGCUGAAAAACUAGAAUUUUAUUAUACUAGAAGAACCAAAUUCACAAAGGUCAGUUACAAAGUGGGCACUCACAGCCUAGCUGGUGUUCAUAUCUGUGUCCCACCAUCCCCGUCAAUUAUAUCUCACUAUCUAAAAAUUAUUUAGUGCUGUAAAAUAUAAAAACUCAGAGCCACAACAUGCUAAAGAAACUAUUUUAAAUAUUUAAACAUAUUUUAUAUUAAAAAGAUUGAUGGACUCUUGUCAAAAGUAAUGAAUAUGGAAAUAAAAGAGCUCUUUAAUAUUUUAUCUGCCAAAUUUGUAUAUUCGGUGUGACUAGUUUAAAACAGUUACUUUGUUUUAUUUCAUUUCCUCUAACAGAAAGAGGAGCAUGAGAAUCCCCCCCUUUCCUAACCCUUUCUAACCAGUGCAGGUGUUUUGGUUUUUUCUUUCUUAUCAAAAAUUCAGACUCAAAAGCUUGAUAUAGCCUGGAUUUUACCUGGUGAGCAGUCCUGGGGUAAGUCUGACUUUGUGCUGUCUGGAUAGUAAUCGUAAUAGUGCCCUGAUUUCCAUAUCCUGACAGCAGUGAUUCAGACAGAAUGAUGAGAAGCAGGAAGGUCUAUAAAACCAGAUUCAAAGCCUAAACUAGUUUGUUUUUUAUAUGCAAUUUUAUAAUCUGAUUAACAUAUAGCCUGGGAUUUUAGUAAAUCCAGGUACUUGUUACAUUCAUGGAAAAUGAAUUUCAAAGAUUUAAGUCAGGUCGAUGACUACUUUUCUUUCACUUGUGAUAAAUAAACCACUAUACAGGGUAAUUGUUUUCACUUGAUAUUUUACACUUCCUUGUAAUUCAAGAAAAGCCAACUCUAGUAUGUCAUUUUAUUUUAUCUCAAAAAAGUUUCUCGCAGAACUGAAUUUUCAAAAAAGGGUAUGGUAAACUUUAUUUUGGACAAUAUUUAUACUCAGUGUGCUAAUGGUGCCGUUCCUUUCUUUCCGUUACUCAUUACCAUGGUGAUAGUCAAGUCAGUUCAAUGACUGUCAUUUUAGUGACAUGUAUGAGGCCAUUUAAAUAUUUUUGAGAUAACGUGUAUUGACUAGAAAGAUUUAGGAGGAGACAAAUUUAUGGUAGAAAUUAGCCUGCCUUUGUCUAAGUUAAUUUAUGUGACCUGUUUGAAAGGUUUUAGUUGUAAUUUUGGAAUACUUCUUUGUUAAGUAUUCUUCUCCUUUCUCUUGUGGCUUUCUCCCAAUUUUUUUUCAUGGCUUAUCAGUAUCUUAAAAGUUAUUUAUUGAUAAGUAUUUAGAAAGAAAUUGAUUUAGAAAGUAUCUCUUUAAAAAUUGUCUAGGAGCUUCCACCACCAGAGAUCUCCAUCAAAUCCUACCCGCUCACGGGGUAAGACCAAAAAACUCCUUGUCAGGGGGGUGGCCUUCUAAUAUGGUUUUGCUGUUGUCUCUAAACAGGGAACCUAUGAAAAUGAGAUUGAAAUGUCUAACUUUUUAGCAUAAUUUAUCAAAUUUUGUUUGCUCCUCCUUGUCAUGUUAACCACCAAGUUUUUCUCCUUGGGCAUACAUAAAGUGUUCAUCUCUUUAAAAAAUUCAAAGUUAUGUAUACCAUUUUGAAAUGAUAUUGAAAUAUGAAAGAGAAAGAAGAACAAAAUAUCCAAAUGUGAAGUCCCCUAGAGAGGAAAAACCUAAUUACCUAAACCUAGAAUAUAAAUUGCCUGCAGUUAGUUUGUUUUUUUGUGGUUUUUUUUAAUUUACUGUUGCUCCUUGGAUGGUUUAAUAAUACCCAAAUGAUAGGUGGAAUUGAUAGAUUUUAAAUUUUAGUUGUUUUCAAAGUCAUUUCCUUUGUACCAUAGUCAAAUGGGGUCCACUGCCAAAGGUUACUGUCUGAAUCUUGAUUCAUUAGGCACUAGUCAUGCCAAACGGGUAUCUCAAAAUAGUUUAAUCUUUUCAAAGAUACUCACAAUGGCCAAUUGUGUGUGAAUAAUAAAAAGUGAGAUUCUUCUGUAUUCCUCAAAUUUUAUAGUCCUGAGACUAGAAGAGAUCUCCAGAGGUCAUUUGGCUCAUCCAUCUACCUCCAGGGAGGACUGUCACUCAGGCAUGCUCUAUAGGAUAGAUACCCAUCUAUUCUUAACAUCUCUAGGGAAGGCGGUUUCCUUGGCAACACAAUCCAGUUCUCUUAGGUUUUUCUCACAAUAAGAAAAUAUCUUGGCCAGUCUUUGUGAGCUAGGCACCUGGCAACAGUUGUGGUGAUUUGGGCCAUUGUACUGGAAGACUCAGAAAGUUGGGGUUUCUCCUACCUUUGAUGUUUGUUAUAUUUGAUGAUUUUAUAAGUCUCCUAAGAAAUCAGAGUUUAAAAAAUAAAGAUGUGGGUAUUGAGACAUUGCUCUACAAAGUGACUUGCUCUUGACAAAUAUGGCUGUAGUUUUUUGUUUGUUUGUUUUUCUUUUCUUUUGUGUUUUACCGAUGCUGUGAUGUCAGGAAAAGUGACUAUUUAAGAUCCUCAGUGACAGAUAUCAGAACUAGGAUCAAGUGACUCCGCUUUUAAACUGUUCAAUUUUCUGAGAAGUUACAGUUAUAGAAAGGGAGCAUUUUCCACCUUCUUGCUUCUAAAUAAGUACCUUCUCGUUAAUCUUUCUAUAGCCUAAAAUGACAAAUGAGAAUCUCAAGUUUUCCACAUUUUCUGGGAAAGAUGUGACCAGUGGUGUAGAGUCUGGUGUGGAAUAAAAUAAUUCCAGAGAAUUAGUCAGCCACCAUUUUAUCCCAGCCUUUGUCCCUUUGUUGUUUAAAUAGUGGCUGCUUGCCUUCUCAGGGAUCAGCAAAAUGAUUUUAAAAUGUCAUCUUGACAAGAACUAAAAACGAAAGGAGUUCAGGAGGGGGGUGAUUUUUUUCUGAGUACACUGCUUGACCCACGCAGCCCCUGCAAAGAGCUUUCUCCGUUUGCUCAGAGUUGCCUCCAACUCAGAGUCAUUACUACACGGAAGAUGAGCAGCACCCUCAAAUCAAUGUUUCCUUUCUCCAGGGGAUCUUUUUUCAAACUAGAUACAGCUGCUUAUUUAUUUCCCCCAGCUCAGAUGUUCUUGUGAAAUGACAGGCAUAUCAUUGUGGUUGCGCCCCACAAACAACAUUAGGGAAAAUAACCCUUUUUGCUUAAAAAAAAAAAAAAAAGCUAUAGGAUGCUUAUGUAAAGAAUGUUGAAUCAUUUGGCCCAUUUUUAAUUGACUCUAGACACCUCUAUGGAAAUAAGUCUGAGGCGUAGUUUGUGAAACAUGUUUCAAAAGUGUUUGAUGUAAAAUAAACGCUAGACAUUUACAGUGCAGAAAUAGUUAAAAAAUAAAAAUAAAAAACCUGUAGAUUUACAACUCUGUUCCUAAGAACCUCAGCCUUUAUUGUGUCUUAGUAAAGUUGAUCUGCUUUCAUUUUUGUUUAUUGCAUUUCUGGUGUAAUAGCCUCUUAAGAUAGAACUAUUAAUACAUAUGUACUGGUUAAUGCCUGUUAAUGCAGAAAAUGGCACUUUGUUAUUUCAGUGUGUUUCCCUCAGUGUCACAGGGUAUAACAAUUUGAUAGGAAAAGGUCAUUUGACAUUGGUCAAAAAUGCAUUUUCCCCAUUUAAAAUGUAUAUGUAUAAUUGGAUGCAUAGACAAAUGUCACCUUUUGCAGUAUCUUUAUCUUGAUCAUAGUCUUAAACAUCAACUGUGUGUCCACUUUCCAGCUGCCGUAGAAAUUUGGUACAUUUUGCAAAUUCUGGUGAAAUCUAGUGAGCUGAAUGUAAUGGUAGAUCAAAUGAUCCAAAGCACUUGAGUGUUAUCCUUCAGUCUACAUUGAACCAUUCGGACAUUGGGAAUGGUCUUUACACAAGGGAAGUGUUUUGAGUAUGUGUGGGUUUUUUUUUUUUUUUUUUUUGGCUCUUGGAUUUUCUGGCAAAAAAGUAAUUAAAAAGAGUGAGAUCAAUUCACUGUAACAUUUUUCAACAUUGUGAUUGGUUUUAUCUGUUAGUUGAUUCUUGUCAUUACUUUUACUCAAUUCCAACAGUAUUUCAAUAGAUAUUUUUACUGUUAUGUUCAAUCUAAUAACUUAGAAAGGUUGGAAGGGAAGAAAAUCAAACUAUAAUUCAUAUAUAUGUUCACUUUACAUGAAGACAUCAUGUUGUAUGUCGCAUAGUUUCUAGGUUGAUUUCUCUUGUGUAUAAGUUAUAACAUCAAAGAUGCCAAAGGGUAUAUAAAAUAAGCUACAAUAAUAUUCCACAGUACUUAACCUGGACUUUAUGUUGUAAUAAUUUAUUCAUAUUAGCUGUAGUCUUCUGUAUUUAUAUUUUCAGUAUUUAUUAUGAAUGACAUGGAAAUUUGUGUAUUUAUUGUGGCUUUUUAUUGCAGUGUGUAUAUAUAUAUAUAUUACAAAUAAGCAUUUUUAAGUCUUUUAAGUUUCUUUUAUUAGUGGCACUUGUAUUAUGCUGUACUUUUUAUUAUAUAUUGUACAAUAUCUUGUCCAUUUGUUUGCAGCAGAGUAAAACCGGUUUCUAAGUUGUA